GCAUAUUUUCAUCGCUUACCUACUCCUCAAGGCUUUGUUAAGUUCAGAGCCCUGAAACCUCUUUUCACCAAUGAGAGCCAUUCAAGCUUUCCUAUGUUCUGUCUGUCUGGUCCUGACUGAUUUUAUUCAGCGAGUAGACCUAACUCAAGAAGACAAACCAUCAAUUGGUGCAGUUUACCACCCAAGAGAUGGAUCUAUCGCCAAGAUGCUGGAGGAAGUCAUUAACAAGUCUACAUGUCAAAGAAAUUUUGACUCGAAAUCAAACGAUGUAUGCAUUGAUGUGAUAUUGAUCGAGAUUAAUUCUGCAAAGGACCUGUUGAUAUAUGAAAACUUAAAGAAGAUGAGUUGUGCAAUAGCAAUCUUCGACUUGUCAUUUGGUGAUCACUACUCGUUUGCUUUUGCUGAGGUGCUCACCAUUCCGUUACUGAGCUUCAAACCUGUCCUUCAGGAUUUUUCAAGUGAUUUUUUCUACUCAGCACUGCCAUCUUACGAGAUGUAUUCCCGUGCGAUGGUGGACCUGCUUGAUUUCUGUAUCGGUAAAGAGAGCACUCCAAGAGAGAAAGUAGCGAUUGUGUUUGAAGCCGAUUACUCUGCUGUAGCUACCCAGGUUUACUCAAUAGCUCGUGAAAUGGAAAAGUUUAGAGUUGAAGCUAUUCCUGAAUUAAAAGUUAACGACAACAGCCAGCUGCAGCGCGCCCUCGAAGUUCUGCCCAAAGUGCGAGCAAACUACGUUCUGGUUAUUUGUAGACCCGAGAAUCUGGCCACUAUUCUUGAGAUGUCACUACGUCUGGGAGCUAUAAACAAAGAUUCAAGAUGGUUUACCUUCAACAUGGACUUUAAAGGUAACAUAUCGAAAAGUUGUUUUAAAGGACUUGUUGGGCUCCAGGUGAACCUGACAGAUAUCCGAAAGGCUACAGAUCUGAAAAGGAAAUUCCAGCUCGAGAGUAACACCAACCAGAUUUCAGAGAUCACGUAUGCAUUGGUCAAUGAUACAAUUUACGCAGUCGUAGAAGCCUUUAAGCAAGAUACGAAAGGGAUCUCAAGACACCUGAGAGACUGUUUCGCAGAUGGGUAUAGAAUUGAAGAUAGUAGUAAAAAACUGCUCAACAAUCUAAACGAGAAGGUAAAGUUGUGGGGAAUUACCGGGUUAGUGGACUUCGAUAACAAUACAAGGAGCAGACUUGUGGAGAGGUUGGAUAUAAUAAAUGUUCAGGUGCGGGGAGAUGACGACGGUAACACAGAGUCCGCAUUGGUCAACGUUGGUCAUUGGAACGCAAACAAAGGAAACACAGUUAACAAAGCAGUGCAACUUGACAGCUUGGAGGACUCUAUCGACUGGACUGGGGAUUUCUGGGAGGAAUUACAAUGUUUAGUGCAAAACAAGAAAAACAGGAAGAAGCCUUUGGAAGGACGUGUGCUCAAAAUUGUUACUAUAGAAGAUUCACCGUUUUGUAUAAGAAUAGCGAACCAGACCGAGGGAAAGCCAAAAUAUGAAGGAUUCAGCAUCGACCUUCUUGACGCAAUUCAAAGGAAAAUGGGCUUCCAAUAUACUCUCAUGACUAACAAAGAUGGGAAAAUGGGCUCUAAAAAUCGUAAUGGAAAGUGGAAUGGACUGAUUGGAGACAUUGUUGAGAAGAGAGCACAGGUGGCUAUUGGCGCAAUCACUAUCUCUGCUGUAAGAGAGUUAGAGGUUGACUUCAGUAAGCCCUUCAUGGAUUUUAAAGUCAGUCUGUUGAUGCAGAAGGAAAAGGAACAAGUGAACCUGUUUGUAUUUUUACAACCGUUUGAGAGAAACGUUUGGCUCUCUACGUUGGCCGUCGUGAUAGGCAUCACGUUCCUCGUGUUCUGUUUGGAUCACCUCAGUCCUAAUGGAUACCGAGCGAUGGCGGAAAGAUCUGGCGAAGGAGAUGGUGACGAACUCAAUUUGUUCAACAGUCUGUGGUUCGCCGCUGGUUCUAUUUUGCAGCAAGGUGCUGAUAAUACACCGAGGUCUGGCUCAGGGAGGAUGCUGGCCGGCGCAUUCUGGUUUUUUACGCUGAUUCUAAUAUCUACUUACACUGCAAACUUGGCUGCGUACUUUACAGCCAAAAACACAAAAAGAAGUAUUAACUCCCUGUCAGACCUGGCCAACCAGAAAGAGAUUGACUACGGUGUGCUAAACGGGGGAUCUCUGUACACAUUCUUCAGUCAGUCCGAGGUGGAGAUUUAUGAAAAGAUGUUCAACAGAAUGAAAAGUGAAGCCACAUUUGUCAAUUCCACAAAGGAAGGAGUUCAAAAAGUGAGAGAGGGUGGCUUUGCCUACCUGACAGACGGACCCUACCUGGAUUACUACAACAGCAGGGAACCAUGUAACACAAUGAUGUUGGAGAAUUUAUUGGAGGCCAAAAGUUAUGGUAUUGCACUUCAAAGGAACUCAGAACUGACGAACCAAUUUUCUGUCGCUAUUCUUCAGCUCCGCGAGGAAGGUGUGGUCGACAAACUCAAAAAAAAGUGGUGGGACCGUCGCAGUGAGUGCACAGACUCCACAGUUAAAGCAAGCAGCACACCCAUGAGUAUCUCAUUGGAUCAUAUGGCGGGCGUGUUCAUUGUCCUGGCAGGAGGGAUCGUGGUGUCCGUUAUGUUCCUAAUGGUCGAGAGGAGGUGUAACAACCUGAGGCGGGAGGUCAACAAGAGCACGUCUAUGGCGAGCGUAAAAGAGCAGAUGGACUUACCAGUGGCGACGACUCAUGCUUACCGAAGGCCAUUCUCAGAUCACGGAGUAGAGAACAAAACGAUUAAUAACAUAGAUAAUCGAAGGAACAUGGACGUGAAGGACGGAGCACGAGCGCGAGACGGCAUGGGUGCUCCCAGAAUGCAGUCGAGGCUUCCAAAUGUUUACGCGGGGGCACCCGAGAGUAAUCUGUGAUUGGACACUGUGUUUCAACGGCGAAUGACGU